GCUUCUCCUGCGGAGAAUAAAAAUACACUGUUAGCAAGUCAGCUAGACGAGUUAACAAAAAGUUAUGUCUGGCUAUAAAGUGGAUGCAGAACGGCCAUUUUUAAAACAUGGAUGUUAUUCCUCAUCCUUCCGUUCAUGAGUAGAAGAAGAUAUCCCCAUGUCCAGACAGCCGGUGCCGGCGACAAGUCAACUGUGAACGUAAAUUACUAGCUGACGUUGGCUAGUAAUGUCUCUGUCCCUACCAUCCGCUGAUAUACUCGAAACACCACCUGGAUAUCCGUUUGAAGAAAUCAACUAUGAGGAUAUUGAAGUUGAAGAGGUGGUGGGGAGAGGAGCCUUCGGGGUUGUUUGCAAAGCCAAAUGGAAAGGCAAAGAUGUCGCAAUCAAGACCAUUGAGAGUGAAUCAGAGAGGAAAGCCUUCAUUGUUGAGCUCCGGCAGCUUUCACGUGUGAAUCACCCCAACAUUGUGAAGUUGUAUGGCUCUUGUCACAGUCCUGUCUGCCUUGUGAUGGAAUAUGCUGAAGGGGGGUCAUUGUACAAUGUGCUGCAUGGUGCUGAACCCCUCCCCUAUUACACUGCCUCCCAUGCCAUGAGCUGGUGUUUACAGUGUUCCCAGGGCGUGGCCUAUCUCCAUGGCAUGAAACCAAAGGCUCUCAUUCACAGGGACCUCAAGCCACCCAAUCUUCUCCUCGUGGCAGGCGGCACAGUGCUGAAGAUAUGCGACUUUGGAACAGCAUGCGACAUUCAGACCCACAUGACCAACAACAAAGGAAGUGCAGCAUGGAUGGCCCCGGAGGUAUUUGAAGGCAGCAAUUACAGCGAGAAGUGUGAUGUGUUCAGCUGGGGGAUCAUUCUCUGGGAGGUGAUCACUCGCAGGAAGCCCUUUGAUGAAAUUGGAGGACCAGCUUUCCGCAUCAUGUGGGCUGUGCACAACGGGACUAGACCUCCUCUAAUCAAAAAUUUACCCAAGCCCAUUGAGAGUCUGAUGACUCGCUGCUGGUCUAAAGACCCGUCUCAGAGGCCUUCGAUGGAAGAGAUUGUCAAGAUCAUGACUCACCUAAUGAAGUACUUCAAAGGAUCUGAUGAACCCCUGCAGUAUCCAUACCAGUAUUCAGAUGGGGGACAAAGCAGCUCUGCAACUAGUACAGGUUCAUAUGUGGACUACACUGGCACCAGCAUGAGCAACAAAAGUGAAGUGAACAUGGAGCACAGUGAUUCUCAAGGAAGCAAUGACACUAUAAAGAUAACGCCUCAGUUUGCUCCUCACUUCAAGCCAAAGGGAGACCCAUUGAGGUCUCUGCCGCUGUCCAGAGGGGGAAGUGUUGAGAGUCUGCCCGCUCGGACUCAGUGCCUGGCAUCAUCUGACAGCAAAAGAAUGAGCGCUGAUCUCUCAGAGCUGGAGCCUAAGAUGCCUUUUGCUCCUUCAGCAAAUCCCCAGUUUAAACGAGGCCACCGUAAAACGGCAUCGUAUGGCACCAUUCUGGACAUUCCCAAGAUCGUCGUCACAGCCACAUGUGAGCCUCAGAGACGUCGGUCUGUGCAGGACCUGCCCGGCAUCGGCACCGAGUCCAGCCAGGGGAGCAGAAACAGCAGUCGGUCCUCCAGUCCCAGCGUUAUGAUGAGGCCUCCUGACAAGACGAGCAGCAGGGGUUACUUCUCCCCCGAUGAUCCUACAGACACCAAUGGCUCAGAUAACUCCAUUCCCAUGGCCUACCUGACUCUGGAUCAUCAGCUGCAGCCUCUGGCUCCCUGUCCAAACUCCAAAGAGUCCAUGGCAGUGUUUGAGCAGCACUGUAAGAUGGCCCAAGAAUACCUGAAAGUUCAAACUGAGAUCGCCCUGCUCAUCCAGAGGAAGAAGGAGCUGAUCGCCGAGCUGGACCAGGACGAGAAGGACCAGCAGAACACGUCCCGCCUGGUUCAGGAGCACAAGAAGCUGCUGGAGGAGAACAAGAGUCUGUCUACGUACUACCAGAAGUGCAAAAAACAGCUGGAGCUGAUCCGGGUGCAGCAACAGAAGAGACAGGGGACGUCCUGAUGAGACAGAGACAUGAGGACUCUUACCAUCACCCCAACCCCCCCACCCCCCACCCCCACUCUGUUCUCCCCCUCCUCACCCUGGCACUGUAACACUACCCCUCACCCACACGGCUUUGUAAAGAGACCUGCACUCUACUGUGUCCUGCAUGUCCCACCGUAGAAAACAACAUCCUCUGAACAUUUGCACAUCGUCACAGAGUUCCUGUGACCGCAGACCAAACAAUCACUGCACCCCUUCCACACCACCCCGGACCCUGCUGCUGUGCCCCGGGAGGGACCCUUGGACAACGAGCGCGUGUUUUUACCUGUUAGCUCCACACCGUCCUCCAGAAUGUGAAAAAAAAAAAGGCGUCUCAGUGAAAAGUGUGAAUCAUGUGCAGACUUCUGAGAGCAGUGAGGAUGUUUGAAACGUUUCUGCAGCGUGUGUGAGGAAUCCCCGAUAUGCAAAACACACACAACCCUUAAAUCGACAUAUUUAUCUUUGUUCUUUUUAGACCGUGAGCAUGAGACAUAUUUCCUUCAGGUGUUCGAUAAAUUCAGUUCAGGCAGUGAUGUUCUUCCUCUUGGACAUCAUAAAAAGAAUAAUUGGAGGUUUGAGUACACAAGGAUGCAGUUUUAAGGAGGAAUUCCUACAGUUUUAAACCUGUGCCCUACUUUUACAUAUUUAAGGCAACAAAUUACACGUAGAAAACAAAUUGUUUUUAGAUAAAAUACCUGCCAAAAGGAGCAAAAAAAUUAACUUGCAAUGGAUCUGAUUUGCUAAGAAUGUACUGUGAUAGUAAUUAGCUCCAAAUCUUUGCAUCAUUUGCCCUUUCUAUCUGCUCCAUCUCAAGGUAAUUCACACUGCAUAGAGCUUUAAUGUCAUCCAGACACAUCCAUAAAAUCAUCUUGCAUGGAGUUUGCUCUUGUUUUAUGUCUGAAUGAGGAGUGAAACUGCCUGAUUUAGAUGUAAACACCUCAUUUCAAGACAUUAAGGGGAAAUUUUCUUGCUCCAUUGGCUUAUUUUUGCUUUGUCUCCAAAAAAUUGUUUUAGGAUAUGUUUGACCAGAAAUAAGACAAACAAGAUUUAAUUUUUGAGGGCCUUUUUUUAGAGAAUUUUUUUUUCAAACCAGGAAACAUCUUUACCUUGCUCUUUUCAGAGCCACCACACUCCAUUGAGGAAAAAUCUGAUUUUACUGUAUAAGAACAGUUACAACAUACAGUUACACAAAUAAAUUAACCAGUCAUGCAGCAGAAGUCAAUUUUUCCUUGUUCUUCAGAGUAAAACCUUCUUCAGAGUAAAAUAUUUUUUCAGUGGAGUGUGGUGUUUUUUCUGGGUAGAAUAAGAUCUUCAAUUAAAGGGAGAUUUGAUUUCUUCCUCUCUUAGGGGUCAGUAAUGCUGUCUUGCUCUUAUAUAAACAAUCUGAGCCUGUCAGUAACAAAAACAAGGGCUGUGUCCAAAAUCACAAACUACUCACUCUAUGGUGCAACUGCUAUUUUGCAUUGGUGUAUGGACUGUAUAAUCAGUAGUUUCUAAGUGAGCAGUGGUAUAACUCUAAAUAGUGCACUCAUUAUAUCCCACAAUGCAUUGUGAAAAGUAGUGUACUACUACUGGCCACUCUCUGAGCAGUAUAUACUAUCAUGCAUUGUAGGUCAGAGUUGUUGCAGGUAGAAAGUGACUUUUGCUCUCAAACAUGACAGACAGAUGAGAAUAGUGGAACCAGUGUGAAUACGAAACACAGAAACAAAAGAAAAGUUAAUGUUUGUUUUUUCCUAAAUCUGGAUGUUGUUAAAUGAAUAGUACAAGACAUUUAACCAUUAAUCAAAAGAGGCAAAAUUUAAAGAUGAAAAAUUGAUUAUGAGAUGUCAUUGCCUUGAAAAAAUGCAAUUAUGAUUUAAAAGAUCAUAAUUAUGAGGGGAAAAAAAGUCAAAAUUCUAAUUUUCUAUCUCACUAGUUAUCAUUUUAGGAGAUUUUUUAUGGGGGAAAAGUCAAGACCAUGGGAUUAAUUUUCAAGAUUUUUAGGAAAGGCAAUAUCAUGGGGGGGGAAAAGUUAAAUUACAAAAAAAACGUAAGGCAUGGUACAGAAUGUCCAGUUUCUGGUAUUUAAAUUUCUGUAUUGUGAGAAAAACAUCAUUGGACUAAAGGUGGAAGUCACAAGAAAAAAGGCAAAAAGUUAUAAACAAAAUCACAACUAUGGUAGUAAAUUUCUACAUAAUGAGAAAUAAAAUCCUCAUGGGACAAAAGGUGAAAUCCACAAGAUAAAACGUCAACAUCAUUGCUAUAAAUAGUCACAGUUAUGGGAUUAAAUUUAAAUAUUAUGAGAAAGAAAUCAUGGGACAACAGGUGGAAGUUACAAGAUAAAAAGUCAAAAUGAUGGUAUAAAAAGUUAAAUUUGUGGUUUAAAAAUUCUAGAUUAUGAGGAAAAAAAAUAAUGGGACAAAAGGUAAGAGUCACAAGAUAAAAUGUCAAAAUUUUUUACAUGAAUUGUGGCUAAAAGGUGAAAGUAAAAAGAUAAAAAGCCAAAAAUAUGACUUAAAAAGUUACAUUUCUGGUACUACAAUUCUAAAUGAUGAGGACAAAAGGUGAAAGUAACAAGACAAACUGCAAAAUCAUUUUUUUAAAUCGUCACAAUCGUGGGAUUAAAAUUCUAAAAUGGGGGAAAUGAUCAAAAUCAUAGAACAAAAAGUCAAAAUUGGAGAUUAAAAGUGAAGAUCAUGUGAUGAAAAGGGCAAAAUAUGAGAUAGUCAGAAAUCACAAAUUUAAAAUUUUUGGCUUUAAAUCUUGAAAUUAAGUCAAAGUAAGCAGAAAAAUUCACAUUUUUGGCUUAAGUGGUCAAAAUUAUUGUUAAGUCCUAAUAAGAUGAAAAGUAAUGAAUAUGAUACAAAAAUAUGAAAUCAUAGGUUUUAAAGUUAGCUUUUAUUUCCUCAUCAUUAUGAUUUAUUUUGUAAUUAUUUUGACUUUUUACUUUAACAUCUCAUUUUUUUGUCAAAUAAUUCUGGCUUGUUUUAUUUUCUUUUAAAUAAAUGUUACGUUUUGUUUUUAUUUUAUUUUUUAACUGUCAGAAAUGAGCUUUAAUAGGCCCAGGACCAUAAUCUCAAUGCCUGAAUCCUUCAGUUAGGUGUUUAUUAUUAUAAAAAAUUGCAGUACUUGGUGUUUUUGUUCCCCUGACUGAAUUAAGCUGCAUGUUGUAAUUGUGGACAGUAAUGCCUUUAUCAGCAGCUGGAGUAGUAUUUAGAUUUUUAUUUAUAUGAGUGCACUACUUAGUCCAAUAAAGAGAACUUUCUAUGUAGGGAGAAAGAGUCAGUGUGAUUUUGGACACAAUCAAGAUUUUUUUAGUGAACGUGUUUUGACCAUUUGCAUUUACCUCCAGGAGUUACAUUGCACACAUUACAGCCAGUUGUACAGCUAGAACAAUACAAAAACCAGCCAAACAUUUAGGUCAUUUGGACCCUAGAAUAUGUGAAAGAAAAGGACAGAGGUGAAAAAAUAACAGAAUGACCCUUUAAUAAUCUGCAUCUUGUGAAGCAAAAGAAAACCUUUGUUCCUGAGCGUUUGCAGGGGCUGUGGAUUCCCUUUUCUUUGACUCCAGUAUUGUUUUAGCGUGUUGAUGUUUUUGUCUUUUCUAUUCUGUAGUUCUCUUUGUAUGAUAGCUCUCAUGGUGUCAUUUCUUCAUUAGGAGAUAUUUUAUGUGGUGUGGGUCCGCCCUCACGGACAUCAGAGGAGCCUGCAGCUCCCCGUUCAGUAUCUAUAGUUUGUUUUUAGUUCACAUGUUGCCUUAGGAGUUGCCUGCAUUUUAAGUGCUUGUUUUAUGUGACAUUUAGUGGGGAUAAAAGCUAAAAAGACAAAAAUAUGAUAUUUUUAAUGUAAUGGACAUUGAAUGAACUUCUUCUCUGAGGGGAGCAGGAAGGAUGUAUGCUGAAAAUGUAAAUGUUUCCCACCAGCUCUGCAUCCAAAAUGUACUCUAAAAGAAGGAUUGGAUGUCAUGUUUAUUUUUCUCUCUAGGUCUCAUAUCCCUCGAGUAUUUUUGCACAAUCACUUUAGUUUUGUCUGGUCAAGUUUGAGAUUUUAUUUUUCACCUUGGUAAGUCUGUUUUAAAGUUAAAGGACUUGACGAGUCUGAACUUUAAAUCGGUUACUGUACGGGAGUUCAGCAGUUCUCCCGAAGAGUUUCUGUUCACUAAGAGUCAAUUUAACAAACACAAACAAGCUGUUUUUAGGGUUUCCCUACCGAAUGGGAAACAGGGUACAGUAUAUGACCGUGAGCAAGGCAUUAUGAAAUAAACUGAAUGGUGAAA